AUGUUCCUCCCCCAUCGAAAGCUAGCCCUAACUCUCCCAUCAACGCAGCCCUCACCACCAACCCCAGACAAAGAUGGUUCCGGUACAGCGUCACCACCUGCAGCAACUAACGAUGGCACGACCGACCGCUCCAUCCCAAACAUAGACAAGAACAAGGGGCUCCAAAUCCCCGGCCUCCCCUUCAAACUACCCAAUCCAUUCCCCCAACCCCGCCCACCCCAGAACCAAAACGCCGGAUUCGGCAUCUCCUACUCCCCCUACAAAGCAGACCGCAGCUGCAAGAACCAAGAAGAAGUAAACAAAGACGUCGCCCGCGUCUCCGACUACGGCUUUAUCCGCAUCUACGGCACAGACUGCGACCAAAUAAGAACCGUAACCAACGCCGCACGCCGCCACAACAUGCACGUCUUCGCCGGCGUCUACGACCUAAACAACUUCCCACAAAGCCUGAAUGCCUUCAGCGACGCCCUCCCAGGUCCUACUGGCAGAAAAGACUGGUCGAUCUUCCACACCAUCGCCAUCGGCAACGAGCUCGUAAACAGCGGCACAAACUCCGCCCCCGAAGUCGCGGCAGCCGUCUUGAGGGCACGCGCCAUCCUCCGCGCACAGGGAUAUCCAGGCCCAGUCGUUACAGUAGAUACCUUCGGCGUUCUGUUAGAUCACCCUGAAAUGUGUCGGGUCUCUGACUACUGCGCUGCGAACUGCCAUGCUUUCUUCGAUGGCACGCAGCGGCCUGCGGGGGCUGGUGCGUAUGCGAUUGAGCAGGCGCGCAGUAUCUCUGCGAGAGCGGGUGGGAAGCGGACUAUGAUUACGGAGUCGGGGUGGCCGCAUGCUGGGGAUGCGAAUGGGGGCGCUAUUCCUUCGGCGAGGAAUCAGGAAACGGCUAUUGCGAGCUUGAGGAAGAGCUUUGAUCAUCGGAGAGGGGAUUUGGUGCUUUUUACUGCUUUUGAUGACUGGUGGAAAGACGAUAACCAGUUUACUUUCAAUGCCGAAAAGUUUUGGGGGAUUCAUGGGGGUUUGUAA